AGGAGAACAUAGAUAGGCAUUAGACAGAUAAUAAAUUGAACAAAGCUCAUGGUGCACCUGCUUGUGCUUCCUCCAUAUCCUUCAUUCCUAACACUCCAUCCUUCUCCAUACCAUAAUAAUAAUAAUCACAACCCUCUAAGCUCACCCUUCAUCUACCUCUCUCUUCAAGUUCUUUUCCAUGAACUAUUACUUCUUUAGAGGAAGGAACUGGAUCAGAUCUUCAUUUGAACUCAUCAACCUACACAGUUUCACCUGACAUUAUUCAAAUAUCCUCUACCAAAACAGUUGAGAUCAGGAAAGCCUCACAACCUCAAAGUCAAAGCCACCACCUCCCAGAUCAAAGCUCCAUAUGAAUCCUCAGGCUCAGGGACGAAUGAAGAAAGAGGAGUUUGUAGGACAAAGUUCUUCCUAUUCUGGUGGCGUUCCUCCCCAACCAAUGGAGUGUCUUCAAGAAACUGGUCCUCCACCUUUCCUCACAAAAACAUACGACAUAGUUGAUGACCCUUCCACAAAUCAUAUAAUUUCAUGGAGCACAGGGAAUAACAGCUUCGUAGUGUGGAACCCACAGGCCUUUUCCAUAAGCCUUCUCCCCAGAUUCUUCAAGCACAACAAUUUCUCCAGUUUUGUCAGGCAACUCAACACCUAUGGGUUUAAGAAGGUUGAUCCAGAUAGGUGGGAGUUUGCCAAUGAGAUGUUUCUUAGAGGACAGAAAGAUCUUUUGAAGAAUAUUAGAAGGAGGAAAGCCAAUCAAUCUCAGGCAAUGCAGCAAGCUCUAGACCCUUGUGUUGAGGUGGGGUGGUUCGGAUUAGACGGAGAAGUUGAUCGGUUAAGGCGUGACCGGCAAGUUCUCAUGGUGGAGUUGGUGAAACUCAGACAACAGCAACAGAGUACUAGAGCUCACAUUCAAGCAAUGGAAGGAAGGAUUAAAAGGACAGAGCAGAAACAGCAACAGAUGAUGAGUUUCUUGGCAAGAGCAGUGCAAAAUCCCAAUUUCUUGCAGCAAUUAGCUCAACAAAAGGAAUGGAGAAAGGAAUCGGAGGAGGCAGUUUCCAAGAAGAGAAGGCGACCUAUUGAUCAAGGGCCAUGUGAAUUAGAACAUGCUGAAGAUAGCUCUGAAUUUGUUAAACUUGAACAAUCACAUGAAUACAGUGACAAAUUAGUAGAGUUUGAGGUAUCUGACUUGGAUUAUGCUUUGAAUAUUGAGGGACAAUGUGGAAGCCAGAACAUGAUGAACGUGGAGCAAGAUCAUGUUCAUCUUAGAAGAAGUAGUGAUCAAAACAUUGAUGAAGUGUUUUGGCAAGAUUUGCUUGAUGAGGGUAUUGGUGAUCAACAUGUGCUAGAUGUUGAAGAUGUAGAUGUAUUGGCUGAGCAACUUGGUUAUUUGGCCUCUGGUCCAAAUAGGAGGCUGUCAUAGGCUGCAAUUUUUCUACCUUGAGAAGGAUGAAAAUUUCCGGUCUUGAUUUGGUGUCUCAUUUCCUAUCUCACCAAUUAACCUGUACCAUGUAAGUGUGUUAUAGUCUUACAUGGAUAAUUUUUAAAUGAUAUGGUAUAAUUUGAUUGGUGGAACAGGUAAGAGAAUAUCAAAUGGGGAUUGAAGAUUUCAGUCAAAUAUUUAGUUGGGUGGUGGUUGUACUUGUAUCUCCUUCCUUCGUUAUACUUUUGUGACCAGUUUCAUGUUGAUAUAUACUUGAUUCUCUAGAUACUAAACUCCAACUCUUGUGAUAGUGUCAUGGCCCAUUUUUAAAGCAUGAAUAGAUGCAAGUACACUGGUGGUUUGUUCUCA